UCAAAAAGUCAUUUCUCUGUGCGUUUGACAGCUUUGUGCUUUUGGUGUGCGUGUUUUCAAAAUAAAAUCUCGCUCUUGCAUCAUGUGUAUAUAUUUGUGUUUGAUUUUAAUAAAUAAAGCUUGGAAUACAUAAUUAAGUUGUAUUCCAGCUUGAAAUCAGCAUCCAGACCUCCAAUAGAGUCUCAAUCUUUAGCGUUUAAAUGAAUGAAAACAACGGAACGGAAAACUGUGAACACGAGACACGUAACACAUACACUAUCACAUUUCAUUCAUAAGUGCACGUUCAUUGAUGAUAUUAGUCUUAAUAAACAAUAUCGACAUUGAAAUCGCACUGAUUUGUGCCACAAUGUAAAAAAAAGUGUCUGAUAAUGCAAUCAACAAGUUAUAAAAAAAAAUCCACAUCGAUUGACAGAGAAAACUUAAAAUUGUGUUGCAGCCAUAAUUUGUGAAUUAAAAUCGUCCAUGAGCAGUGAAUAAUUGGAAUUUGAUAGCGAAAGUUGUGCGGUGAAGUGCGCAUACAUUGUAAUCAUGAAUCCGACCAUUACUGUUGAGCAACAACCAUGGUGCUGGUCAUGGUUUCGUUAUAUUACCGUCGAACCGACGAUGUUCCUGUACAUGUUUGCAUUCCAAUUGACCUCAGUCGUCGAACAGGAUCUAUUCGUGAAGAAAGCCUGUCUGGUCAAUCAUAAUUUCACCGAAGAAAUUUGUGAUAAUCUCAAAAACUACACGGACACAUUCUACAAAGAAGUACAAAUAACAGUGUCGACGUUUCAUCAAUGGAACCAUAUCGCUGGUUAUAUUUUUACUAUCGUUAUUGCACUUUUCAUCGGCUCAUGGUCGGAUAGACGCGGUCGAAAAAUUCCAUUGCUCAUUGGAUUAACAGGGAAAUUAAUUUAUGUGCUGGGACUAUUGUUGAACAUUUACAACGACAAAUGGCCGGUGGAGUAUAUAAUUUACACGGCUACAUUGCCGAGUGCCUUAACAGGUGUAGAUAUUGCAAUAUUUGCAUCGGCCUUUGCAUACAUAUCGGAUGUGUCGAGUGUGGAAAAUCGAACUUUGCGCGUUACAAUUCUCGAGGUGUGUUACUUGAUAACUUUCCCGACAGGGAUCGCUCUAGGUUCAUAUCUGUUUAAUGUUGUGUUGGAUCAUUCGUACUUCAUUAUGUUCAGUAUUAAUGCGGUAUUUUUGAUGGCAGCUUUUCUUUAUUCGAUUUUUAAUUUAAAGUGGAGUACAUCUUCGAGGCAAAGAUCCAUCACAGAAGUGGGAUGCAAUGGAAUUCUUGGAGACUUUUUCGAUAAAAAGCAUAUUGUCGAUACUGUGAGCACUCUGACGAAAAAACGAUCAAAUCAUCGUCGAAUGUUCCUUUGGAUAUUCCUCGUUGCCAUGUUUUUCUAUACGUUUCAACGCGAUGAACGAAACUACACGUACCUUUACACUGGAAGUAAAUUCGGUUGGCAAACUGCCGAAUUCAGUACGUUCAAAGUGUUUCAAUCGUCAACGCAAAUUUUGAUGGUAUUUUGUGGAAUUCCAAUCAUGACGAAGCUACUUGAAUUCAGGGACACGACCAUUGCGAUGGUUGGUGCCUAUUGUUUUGCAACAGCUCGGAUUUUUUUCACACUUGCUGAAAUUCCGGAAAUUUUUUAUGUCGGUGCAGCUAUUUCCAGUAUGGGUCCUGUUGGUGGACCAAUUCUACGAUCUAUGACCUCUAAAGUGGUUCCAUCUUCUGAGCGCGGCAAAGUGUUUGCUGUUCUUUCCGCUUGCGAUAACGCUGUGCCGUUAAUCAGUUCGAUAUUAUACACUCAAGUGUAUAAUUGGACAGUUAACUCAUAUCCAGGAAUCUAUAUUCUUACGUUCAUAACGCAAAUGAUUCUAUUCUUCCUGAUGCUGACUGUGCACGUCGUACUGAAAGGAGAUCAAUUGGUCGCGGAUGAUAACGCAUGGGAAAUCGUAAAUGAAGACACAGCCAACAAUGUAAACAGUACCGCCAAUGUUAUUGACACCUCUGUUCAGACUGAAGAUCAUGAGAAAUGUUGAAAUUCUUGAGUUUUUUUUUCUCUUUAUAAAAUUUCAUUUCAUUUUUGUUAUAAGACAGACUUGUAGUAAUGUUUAGGUUAUAUGACCAUUCAAAAUGGAGUUAAAUGGAACAAAAAGACACUUUUAGCUUGUAUUAUGUAUUUGUUAUUCAAAAAUUCAAUAAAAUAAAACGAAUUUGUUAUUAUGGGAAUUACAUUUCUAUUCGUGAGACGUAAAA